AUGCGCCUCCUCGUCGCCUUUCUGCUGAUGCUCGGUCUUGCCGCACCGGUCGCACAUGCCGACGCGCUGGUCCGCAUUGAGGGCAAGAACUUCGUCGAGCCCGACGGGCGCAUCCUGCGUCUCAAGGGCAUCAGCCUCGGCAACUGGCUGAUGCCCGAAGGCUACAUGUUCAAGUUCGAGGUCGCGAAGUCGCCCCGCCAGAUCUAUGGCGCGUUUGACCGGCUGCUGGGACCGGAGCGCGCCGCCGAUUUCUGGCGCCAGUAUCGCGACAGCUAUGUGACCGAGGACGAUAUCCGCUUCAUCAAGUCCGUCGGUUUCAACAUGGUGCGCGUGCCGCUGCACUGGCGGCUGUUCAUGAGCGCCGACGGCGAGAUCGGAGGCGAGGGCUGGUCGCUGCUCGACCGGGUGGUCGGCUGGGCCGCCGCCGCCGGACUGUAUGUGAUCCCCGACCUGCAUGCCGCGCCGGGCGGGCAGACCGGCAUCAACCACGAUGACGGGCCGGGCUAUCCGCUGAUGUUCUACGUGGCUCGCGAUCGCGACCUGACGGUGAAGCUGUGGCGGGCCGUGGCGCAGCGCUAUCGCGGCAACCCGGCGAUCCUGGGCUAUGACAUCCUGAACGAGCCGAUCGCGCCCUACCACGACGUGGCGACGCUCAACGCGAGGCUGGAGCCCUUCUACAAGCUCGCAACGGCGGCGAUCCGCGACAUCGAUCCCGAACGUAUCGUGAUCCUGGCGGGCGGCCAGUGGAGUUCGAGCUUCGCGAUGUUCGGCCCGCCCUUCGCGAAAAACCUCGCCUACACCUACCAUUCGUUCUGGGCGUCGACGAAGCGCGACUCGAUCCAGCGGCACCUGAACUUCGCCAACCUUUACGACGUGCCGCUGUUCCUCGGCGAGACCGGCGAACUCACAGACGAAUGGAACGAGCGCUUCCGACGCCUGCACGAGAUGCACGACAUCGGCUGGUCGUUCUGGACCUACAAGAACCUCGACACGCCAUCGACCAUCGUCUCGAUCACGCGGCCCGAGGGCUGGAAGGAGAUCGCGGAGGAUGUGAGUGCGGAUCGGGCCCCAGUCCUUGGUAGAGGAAUUGUAGGUGCCGCCCAUGACGGUCGCGUUCGAAUGCUUGUUGGAACCGUGCAUGCGAUAGGCAUAGAGCGCGUCGUGGAUGGCGACGGAUCCCGUGAGCAGGCCGGCGAAGGUCGACAGGUAGUAGUCGAGAUAGAGCUUGAGGUCGCUGUCCGGCACGACCAGCACGAGGUCCACGAAACUGCGCCGGAACAUCAUGCUCGCCAUGCUGUUCGUGGCGCUGAGCGACGUCCAUUGCGGGUGGAACGUCACCCGUCCGUUGGUCGGGAACGUGAAAUCGCCGGUCGCUGGGUCGAUGCGCGGCACGACGUCGGUGUCGAACGCUUUGCCCGACGCCUCGCCCUUGUCGAACCACCACGGCGGUGCCCGCCAGAGGCGGUCGUCGGCGUCGAUGAUGUGCGAAUCGCAAUAGGUGAGGGACACCGGGAACGCGGCAUUCAUGUGCACGCACAGAUGCCGCUCGACGAAAUUCUCGUACCACUUGUCGUCGGAAUCGAGGAAGCCGACGAACGGCGUAUCCAGUUCCGCGAGGCCGCGCUUGAUGGCACCGGUCUGGCCGACAUUGGCGUCGAGGCGGAUGUAAUCGAACCUGGAAUCGUUCAGGCGCGCCAGGCAGCUGCGGAUCUGCUCGUCCGAUCCGUCGGUCGAGGCGUCGUCAACCACGAUCGUGCGCAGGUCGCGGCACGACUGGCGCGCGACCGAUUCGAUCGCCCGUCCCACGAAGGCGCCGUUGUUGUA